GGAUUGCUUUCUCAUCCAAACGCUCUAGAAGCUUCUUUCUCAAAAGCCCUAGCAUCAAUUUAGCGUCAAAGAGAUUUGAUUUCUGUUCUUUUCAAAUCCCCGAUUUGCCCAAUCAAUUACUUUUGUAGCCUUUUCCGCACAAGGCACUUGCAGCAGUGUGGGUUUCCUUCUCAUUCGCAGAUAAUAAUCUUAUUCCCUUUCUUUCUUGUUUUUCAUUUGUACGGAAAAGAAGGGAAAAUGGCAGACGAAUUGGCGUUGGAUUUGGAUGAGCUAAGGCAGCUGCAGAAGUUAGCUAAGAGGCCAAGAGUCCUCUCGCUCAUCUCCUCUGAAAUAAAGAAUUGGGAGAAGCUGUUGAAUGAACCUGUUUCCACGUCCGUGCCUGCUCCAACACCAACUCCAAUUUCAACUGGAGUUAAGGUGCCUUCUACCCCUGCUUUGAAUUAUGUUACACUAGGAUCUUUCAGUUGGGAUCAGGAUAGUGACAAAGUCAAGAUAUACCUCUCUCUGGAGGGUGUUGAGCAUGAAAAAAUAGAGGCAGACUUCAAGCCAAUGUCAUUGGACGUCAAAUUCCAUAAUGUCCAAGGAAAGAACUACCGAUGUGCCAUGCCAAAAUUGAACAAAGAGAUUGUCCCAGAGAAAUGUAAAGUAUUAGUUAAGCCUACCAGGGUCGUCAUCACUUUGUUUAAAGCUUCAAAGGGGAACUGGUUAGACUUGCACUUCAAAGACGACAAGGUGAAGCCCAAUCUAGAUAAGGAGCGAGAUCCCAUGGCCGGAAUUAUGGACUUAAUGAAGAAUAUGUAUGAAGAAGGGGAUGAUGAAACAAAACGAACCAUUGCACAAGCAUGGUCUGAUGCAAGAGCAGGCAAAGCAGCUGAUCCAUUGCAGGGCUAUCGCUGAUUAAAUUGGAAUUCAUCUAAAAGCUUGGAUAUCAUUUUGAUAGAUGUUAAUGUUCUCAUGGUUUUGGUGCUAUCUUAAGCAUGAUGUCAUAAAAGUGUUUCAGCUUGUAGAAAGAUUGUUCGCAAUGCUUUUUCCCUAGAAUGUUAUGAUGUAGAUUUGCUCUUCUAA